GUGAGGUCUCCCUCACUGAUGGGCAGAGCAGGCAGAGCAGCAGAUGUUGAAAGCCCCUUGUAGGAUGUCCGAUGACCGGACGGACUCGUGUUUACGUCCACUCGGGUUUCUAGAAGUGGCGGGGAUGCGCGCACACCGUUAAACUAUGAUGCAGGCGCGGAUCGGCGUGGAAUAAACUGGGAUCUCCCUCAAGUGGCCCCGCAUAGCAUGACGAGGAAAGUAUUGGAUUUUAUCCCAGAGAGAAAUACGGUGGCUACAGAACAGCGGGAGAGUUACAAAUGCUCCAAGACUGCGGCUGUAAAGAGGAUGCAAAAUAAAACAUCCAUAGCGACUCCUUGUGGUGUGGAGGAAUGAAGGCCAUGGAGCUAAAAGUGUGGGUGGAUGGAGUGCAGCGCAUUGUGUGCGGGGUCACGGAGUUCACCACAUGCCAGGAAGUGGUCAUUGCUUUGGCACAAGCUAUCGGACGGACGGGCAGAUAUACUUUGAUUGAGAAAUGGCGGGAGACGGAACGUCACCUGGCUCCACAUGAAAACCCUGUGGUGUCCCUCAACAAGUGGGGCCAGUAUGCCAGUGACGUGCAGCUCAUCCUCCAACGAACCGGCCCGUCUGUCAGCGAACGGCCAAAUUCUGAAGGGCUGGCUCGUGUCCCAGAACGAGGUCUAUACCGCCAGAGUCUCCCGCCUCUGGCCAAGCUCCGCCCGUCAGGGACAGACCGGUCGCUCAAACGAAAAGAACCCAAACGCAAAUCCCUGACCUUCACUGGAGGUGCCAAGGGUCUGCGGGACAUAUUUGGGAAAAGCAGAGAUACUGAUGCCAAACAGUCCCAACAGCACGGUGUGAGUUUGAACCUCAGCAGAGUUGGAGGAGGCGGAAGAGCAUCUGUACCUGGGAGUCCUGCCAGAGAGCUGAGCAGACUGGUGCAGCUGCAGAGAGACAAACUCCAGGCCCUGGAAAGUCGCCUGCUGGGUUGUGAGGCUGAGCUGCGAGACUGGGAGGAGGCCACAGGCGAGGCCAGUGAUGAAGGAAACUUGGAGGAAGAGCUGCUGCUUUUAGAGCAGCAGGUGAGGAGGAAUGACGCUGAGGUGGAGGAAGAGGAAUUCUGGGAGAAUGAGCUGCAGAUCGAGCAGGAGUGUGAGCGGCAGCUGCGGCAACAGUUAGCCGAGCUGCAGGGCCGUGUUCGCGACUGCGAAGCCAAGCUUUCGGAAUACAUAGCUCGCAUACAGAGCAUGGAGGCAGGCCUGGAGCAGGAGCGACUGCAGCAGGAGGCUGAGCUGAAACAAAAGGUCAAUGAGGAAGAGGUGCACACCCAGCUGGAGAAAGUGAGGGCAGAGUUGGAAAUGCAGGGCCAACAAACAGCACGGCUGGAGAACAGCUGCAGGGCGUUGGAGCGCUCACUCAGCCAGUCGGGCAAGAGAUUACAGGAGAAGGAGCAGGAACUGGAGCAGCUGACAAAAGAGCUUCGACAGGUGAACCUGCAGCAGUUCAUUCAGCAGACUGGUACCAAGGUCACUGUGCUGCCGGCUCAACCUUCGGGAGAGAGCAACAGUGGGGCAGAGGGCGGCUCUCUGAAACGACUUGGCUCUUCCCGUCUCUUACCCAGUGACCUUCGUGCUCUUCAGAGCGCCGUCUCCUCCACCCUCAACCCUGAAGGCAUCUACGUUUGACCCUUAACUUGCCAGGAGACAUUUUUUGUGGUGGUGGUGGCAAGGCAGCUUCAUGCUACACACGGAAAACCCAAGAAAUGACUCCACAAAAUGCUUAGAUGCUUUUUACAAGGCAGCGGAGCGGCACCUCAGUGAGGAGGGUUUUUGCAAAAAAAAAAGAAAAAAAAAAAGGUGCAACAAGAAAACUUCCACUGCCUGCUCUUCACUGGGACUCGACUCAAACUGAUGUCAUUAUCUACCAUUUAACGCCCGGUCUCAGCUCGUAUGAGUGAGUGAUUAUUACUGCAACAGCGCCAUUUUCUCUACAUACCAGCUAAUGUGUUUUUUGCAGUUAUAGGCACACACAGUCAUUUAUUAGUGGAGUGAUUCCCGUUAAAUAGUGCAGAAAAACUUUAACGUGUGCUGUAAUAAUGAGAGGAUGUCAGGAUGCAGUGUUUUGACAUAUAUGUACUCAUAUACAUAUAAAAAAAAUAAUAAUAGA